AUGACCGGCCGGAAUAAGGACUUCCGCGACCAGCUGGGCAAGUUCCGCUUGGACUCGAUCAGCAGUUAUCCCAGUGACCCCUCACCCACCUGGCUGUCAUCCUACCCCGAGCCCGUCGAAGCCGCCAGUCCCUCGCGGAGCAAGCGAGUCUCGACAGCCUGCGACUUCUGUCGCAAGCGGAAAAAGAAAUGCGACUUCCGCUAUCCGAACUGCUCGGCCUGCACCCGCGCCGGCGUGCGAUGCACCAUCCCCCCACCGGGCCCUCAAGUCGCUAGCGCCUCCGUCCCCCGCGAUCAGUUGGAGACCCUACAAAAACGAGUCCGAUGGCUGGAAGAAGUGGUCAAACGCAAGUCCGGGCUCUCGGUGGCGGAAUUGGCGACGGGAACCCCCGUCGAUGGGGAAGGAGACCCGGACUGGUGGUAUCAGGUCCCCGCCAUGAUUGCAACCGGGGGUGCCCGCCCCGCGACGUCCAUGUCGAGCCCGGCCGCCAGCGGGUCCUCGGUGACGGCGGGGCCCUCGGAGGCGUCAACCGCCGUGGGCGUCGAGCUGCCGAAUGUUGGGGAGAUCUUUCGCGACCGGCUGGAGCAUCGACGCCCGUCGGUGGCACGUCCGUCGUCCGCGCCGCGAGUCCAGCGCCUGUCGUCGCUGGAGGAAGCCGAAAGGCUGGCGGGGCAAUACUUUGAUAGUAUGGGGUAUCAAUACCCUUUCAUGUCGCGCCCGGAGUUCAUGAGUAAUCUGCGCCAUAUCUACACCGGUGGUGUUCCGUCACCGGAAACACACAAUUCAUACCACAUUGUCAUGGCGAUUUCGCUUUUGAUCGGAUCGGCAGACCCGACCAAGGCAGCGGAGUUUUACAAUGCCAGCCAAGAGACCCUGCCCAUGGCCUUGCAGAAUGAAGACUUACCCGCCGUGCGAGCCCUGCUGGGACUGGCUCUAUAUACUAUGUUCGCCACUGCCGGGCCUAGUAUCUGGCAUGUACUGGGUGCGACAAUGAGAUUGGCUACUAGCAUUGGGCUGCAUAAGGCACGCCCUUAUGCCAGCAUUGCAGAGGAAGAGAUGUCGAAGCGUGCCUUUUGGAGUCUCUACAACUUGGACCGUCUAAUUGCAAGUACCCUGGGUCGACCUCUUGGAAUUGCCGACGACGAUAUCAGCGUGGGUCUUCUUCGUGAACUGAACGACGAUGGGACCGAGGCGCCUGGUGCGAGUGGGAUGACCAUCCCGCUCCAGGUGGUCCGUCUGAGGCGGAUUUUCUCCCGCAUAUACCAAUACCUCUACAGUAGCCUCCCGCGACCACCGCCACAGGAAGUUGUGGUCACGCUUGGCCAGUUUCGUCGAGAAGUCGAUGACUGGCGCAUGGCGGCGCCAGUAUAUCCAUCCGCACUUCUUUACUCCACCUCAUAUUACGACUAUCUCUACUACACUACCUUGCUUCUGAUGUACCGCCCCAGCCCCCGAAAUCCAACACCAGACAUCACUAGCAUCAUCAGCUGCGGCGACUCCAGUCUCCAAGUUAUCAGGUCCUACUGGGACAGCUACUCCAUCGGCAAGCUGAAAUGGAUAUGGCUGACAUUAAGCCAAUUGUAUUUUGCCGGAAUCACCAUCCUCUGGUGUCUUGAGCAGAAUGCACGCUCAUUGCGUGAAUCGCAACCGGCCCCAUGGCACCCCGAAGAGCAGACGAUGCGCCGCGGGAUCCAAGCUGUUAUCGUGCUGCUGGAAGAGUUUGGCAAGCGUCGACCCGGCGUAGAUCGGCUAGCAGAGACCUUCCGACACCAAAGUACGAUGAUCUUCAGCCAAAUGGCGUAUCAACAGCAUCAGCUCGAGCAGCAACACCAUCACCAUCCACAAUAUCAACCGCCUCCUCCACCUACACUUAUGCCCCCGCAGCCUUCGAUGCCCCUGGCUGCACCACCUCCACCCCCGGUCCCGCUGGCCCCUGUUCUCGACGAUGUGUUGCUCGUGGACAGCAGCGGCACGAUCCCGAUGAUUGAUCCACAGAUGGCAGACCAGCUCUAUUACUCGUACAACUGGUUCCAGGAGGAGAUGGCAUCAUACUAUACCCUUUGA